GGAGGUGGACGCAUGGGCCCAAUAAGAAGAGACAUCGAAGGCAGACGUUGGGAACGUAGAACUAGAAAAGGAGUUCACUGAGGACGAGGUUGAGGCGUGUGUGAACAAGCUGAAGUGCCACAAAGCAGCAGGAGCGGAUGGGAUAGUCAACGAGUUCAUGAAGUUUGGGGGGAAGGGGAUGAUCCAGCUGAUGGUACUGCUGUACAAUUGGGUGUGGAAAAACGAGUAUACGCCAAGUAGAUGGAGGGAAGGAGUGGUUGUGAACUUGUUCAAGAAAGGAGACAAGACUGACCCAGGAAACUACAGGGGGAUCACACUGUUGAACACAGUAGGAAAAGUGUUCUGUAAGCUGCUGAACGAUAGGAUAGUGGGAGUAUUGGAGAAGGAACAUAGCAUUAGUGAGGGCCAGGCAGGUUUCCGCAAGAAGAGGGGGUGCGUAGACCACGUGUUCACGGUAGGGAGAAUCAUCCAAGGUAGAAAGAGGGCGGGAAAGCCGACGUACUGCUUCUUCCUGGACGUGAAAAAGGCAUACGACACCGUAUGGAGAAAUGGGUUGUGGAAACAACUGUCCAAAUACGGGAUCAAGGGGAAAAUGUGGAGAGUGCUGAAGAAGAUGACAGAGUGCACGAAAAGCGCGGUCAUGCUAGACGGAGAACUGUCAAAAUUCUUCGACAUUGAGCAGGGGGUCCCACAAGGUUGCACGCUGUCCCCAACAUUGUUCCAGGUGUUCAUCAACGAUCUGUUGGAAGUCGUAGAGGCAGUCCGGAAGGGAGUAAAAGUAGGGGACACGGAAACGUCGGUUUCAGGAAUGCUGUUUGCGGAUGAUUUUGUCGGUAUGUCGGACACCCCUGAGGGACUGCAACUGCAAAUUGACGCGGCGAAGAAGUUUACUGAUAAGUGGAGAUUGUCUGCCAACGUUCAGAAGAGUGCCGUCAUGGUAUGCAACGAGAACAAGGAGGAACCAGUAGAACAUAGAUGGAAGUGGGGGAUCGAGGAGAUUGCAGUAGUGGACCAGUACACAUACCUUGGAGUAGAGAUCGCAAAAGACUGCUCGUGGAAUGCACACAUGUCCAAGGUAGCGGAAAAGGGCAAAGCACGAGCAGGGAAGCUGCACCCAAUACUCGCAAACCGGCACCUCGAUACACGCAUCAAAUUGACGGUUUUGAAGAGCGUAAUCGUACCGCCGCUAGAGUACGCCGGAGAAGUAUGGGAAGGAAAUAAGAAGGUAGUGAAAGAACUCGAGGCGGCGCAGAUGAAAGCAGCGAAAAUCAUCCUAGGAUGCUCCACGCGCACAAGUAAUGCAGCCGUGAGGGCAGAAUUGGGGAUCCAAUCCCUACGGUCGGGAAGAGACGCGAGGAAGCUGACCUGGCAGUAUCGCAUGUGCGGGAUGGGAGAGGAGAGGUUGCCGAGAAUUGUAUGGGAGGCGAAGUGGGCAAACAAAAAGAGGGGUAGACAACCCACGGAAUGGGUCAAGGUUGUAGAGGACGUAUGGAAGGGGCUCGACAUCGACGAAGAUGAAACGCUGGAAACGGAGGGUCUACAGGGGUUCAAGGAGAAGAUAUCUGUUGCUUGUGCCGAGAGAGAAGAACAGAAUCUGAGGAAAGAAUCCAAGGAUAAGGAGGGUCUAGAAGUGUACGGAAUGUUGAAGGAAGGAAUAGGGUUCAAGGACUACCUACAUGGACCAAUGGAUGCAGGAACAAAGCUUAAGGUCAAAUUCAGGACCGGGGACAUAGGCCUUCGAGAACGUCGACGAAGACAUAGGACGGUAGACGAGGAAGACGACGAGUUCAAAUGUGAUUGCGGCUUCGAAUGCGAAGACCGUGUUCAUGUAGUCGCGGAAUGUCCGUUGUACAAGAAGGAGAGGGAAGUGUACGUGACUGAGCUGGGAAAAAUAGAUGGAACGUACAGGGAGAUGUUUGAGGCAUGGAAUAGAGAGGAAAGGACGGUAGCUGUACUGGGGCAUAGGAGGUGGGUUGAAAAGGCGGGAAGGGAUAUCGUUAGGAUAGACAGACUAGGGAAGACAUUUUUGAGCCACCUUUGGCAAAGUAGGAAGGAACGAUUGGCCAUCGGUGAUCGGUCCUGUGGGAACAAUGCUCCGUCCUCUCGAGGACGCGUGGUCAAUGGUCUAACCGCUAAGACAUGCAAAACAUAAGAGUAC